AUGUUUUGCAUGAAGGCCUUUGGUGCCGCGGUUCAACCUGCUGGGACAACCUUCGUGGGGGCAUCUGUGGCGGCUGUUUCUGCAGUCUCAGGUUCCGAAGAUAAGCCGCAGGAAAGGACGAAGCGGCGCAUGCUGAUGCCCAAGAACAUCAAGUGGCGAAAGCCACACAAGCCUCCGGUGAAGCCUUGGGACACCAACAAGUGGAAGUUCAAGGGCGAGGCCUACAAGGGCAACAAACCCUACUUCGGCAAGUAUGCCCUGCAGAUUCUCGAGGAGGCAUGGGUCAAUGCACCAAACAUUGAGGCCUGCCGUCGAAUGAUGGUGCGAACUCUACGACGUGACGGUGGAAAAGUGUGGCUGCGAACCUUUCCGCACUCUGCCAUUACAUGGCGUGGAAAAGAGACACGAAUGGGUGGCGGCAAAGGAACCAUCCAGUACUGGGUGCAGGCCGUCCGCCCGGGCUACAUCCUUUUCGAGGUAGAUGGAUGCACUGAGGACACUGCCCGCCGAGCAUUUCACUACAUCAUGAAGUACCUGCCGUUCAAGACCAAGUUCCUCAUCAAGGAUACUCCGUCACGCUUUGAGCUGGGCCUGGCAGGCAGCAUCAAGAGCACAAAGCACAUCCCGAAAGAGUUCCGCAAGAAGUCCGACGAAGACUGA